AUGAUGGCCACCAAUCUCUCAGCAAUUUAUGGACCUGCUGAAUUUAUGCAACGAUUCCACAGUCCAGACUUCGUCAAGGAGGUCUCUCGUGAACACGCCAGCGUUCUCUCUGUACCAAUAGCCGGAACUUGUGAAAACUUCAUCAAGCCGACAAACAUAAACCUAAAUCGAUUCAGGCAACAUCCAUGUUGGGACAUCUCCCGUGUGGUUUUAUCCCAGACCAGCGACGGCACAGACUACAUCAAUGCCAGUUAUGUGAGCCACCGAGCACCCGAUGGAGAACACUGUGAACAAUUUCUGCACCAUGGUUUGGCAGGAGAACACCCGUGUGAUCGUGAUGCUUACUAGCGCCAAAGAAGAGUCAGAUCCAAACAAUAUCCGGUAUUUUCCUUACAAUCUUCAGUGACUUUAUUGUCAAGGAGGACAUGACCGAGUCGGAAUGCAACUACACCGAAACAGUACUUAAUAUUAUCAACAAAAGAACUGGGGAGUUAAGGACAGUACAUCACUUUAAAUUUCUAGAUUGGCCCGAAGACGAAACUCCUGAUGUAAGAAACUUUCUUGACUUCUUGCUGGCUGUGAAUGAAGACUAUCAAGACUGGCAGCAUGAAGCAUUGAAGACUAACCGGCGGUUACCGGGACCUAUUGUUUUUCAUGGAAGCAAAGGUAUCGGAAGAACUUCGACAUUUUGUGCUGCAGAUUCCUGUCUUUAUCAACUGGUAAUUGCAAAGACCAUAUCAGUACCAUCAACAGUGCUGAACAUCAGACAGCAGAGGAGUUUUAGCGUUUCCACUAUAAGGCAGUACAUUUUUAUACACAUGGUCUUGCACUGCUAUUUGAAAAGAAAUGAAUCAGACCAAUUUGUUUUUCAUAAAUUUCUUUCUUACUUUACAGCUAAACCUCUAAAAUAUUACUUCAUAAGGUAA